CCAUAAUGUGAAUAAUGAGAUGGUGACUGACAGUAAAGUUUUACUGGAGGGCACAGGUGAGGUAAUGCUGUGUGGAAUAGUUGUAGUCUGAAUAGGAGAGAGAAGGCAGCGUGCACUGUCUGUCGAGGCUCGGGGGUUUGGUGGUAUUUACUUCAGUCUCUCAGUGCGGAGCUGGAACCACGUGACCGCGGGAGAAAACUCUUUAUAGCGCGGCAAACUUGGAACAGAUGCACACUCAAGUCGAGCGGAUUUGGUUUUUAUGAAGCUGCCGAGAUCUAACCGAGAUCCCUGCUCACCAUGAGGAGAUGGUCAGCUUUUCUCUGGCUGGGGCUUUCUAUCCUGUUCUCUGCGAUCCCUCCAGGAAACCCGAAGUCUUGUCUGGAAUGUGAACCUGGCUUUAUCUCUGAAAACUGUAAGUGCGUGCCAUGUAAGAAUGACCAGUACUGGGCUAAGAGGAACGGAGUGCCUAGGUGUAACACGUGCACGGCAUCUUGUAACGUAAAGCAAAACAUGAUUGAAAUAACCAAAUGCACGAAGACAAGUGACCGUAGCUGCAAGUGCAAAGCCGGCUUCCACUGCUCAAGUCCCGUGAUCUUGACCUGCCGGAGGGAUUGUGAGCCGUGCACCAACGGCUUCACCAAAACACCGAAUCUAAACAUCUCCUGCCAGCAGUACACCAAUUGUACCAAAUUAGGGAUGGUGACGAUUAAAGAAGGAUCUUCGACUGCUGACCGCGUGUGCGGAAAACCUUACCUUCUGACAUCACCUCCUAAUCCGAACACCUUGACCGCACCCAACACGUCUACACCUCUUUCAGACACGGAUCCCGAAGUCACACCCAGUCCAAUAGAAAUGAGAACGUACAGUGACGUGACUAGAUUAACAUUUUUUCCUCCAACAGAGGGCCCUGUUUUACCACUUGAGGCCAUUCCGAAGACCACUUGGAUCUUCUUGCUUCUGCUGCUUAUUUUACUGUGUGUGGUGUCAUGUCUGUCCUUGAAGUGCAAAAGCGCAGCCAUCAAGAACAAGCUCGAGUGGGCAGGUCUGACUAUUGCAAGAUAUCAGCCCGUGUUGCCCUCGGCUAACCCCAACGUGGAGAACGUGUUAACUGUUAGCGAUGGCCCUGACGUUGUUAGAGAUCCACUUCCGGGUCAGGGCUCGUUCCCCGGGAAAAAUCAGCAGGUCACCAUGGAGCAUGUCGGAAAAGCCGAUGGAAUCAACAACACUGUCGGAUCUAUUUUCAUCUACUCCCCCGGGAUGGUGAUCCUCGGCUCGAACUCAAAUGAGAAAAAGGAGGAGGCAGAGACGAGCGGGGAAGACGGCGGCGAGGUCACCCGCCUCAUGAGCGUGCCUCAGCAGGAAUCCAGCUUUGACGGAGACUCCAUUAGGUUGGCUACACAGGAGGAGCUUGGCAAGGAGCUCAGCAUCCCGGUCCCAGCCACGAGUAAAUGAGACGUCGGCUCGGGCGACGGAAUACACAAAUCAGGAUCAGGCCAAACAAGUCACCAGGGGGCUUUUGUGGCCCGUGGCUUGUGAGAAAGCCGUCCUGUUACAACAGCGAGACAAAUUUCACUGCGAGCAAGCCCUCUUGUUUGUGCAGCACUGAGACUUUCAGGGGUUUUUUUUUCUCAGUGUGGGAGGCGGUGUGAAAAGAGUGAUGGUGUAAGAAAAACUCCCAGGUUGCUAUAGUGAAAUGAUGUACUAUAAAUAUUAAUGUAAUAGAAUAUUUUGUAUUAUGAUAAUAAUGGAAUUAUCUGUUUAGUUUUGACAGUCCUAAAGCACCUUUGUGUUUAAGUCUGGGAUUUACCUCUGAGUUAUAGGGAUAGACAGAUAGACAGACAGACAGACAUACAGACAGCGAGGUGGCAGGCCACGUUUUGCUGAGGAAGUGUGGGUGCACAGGCACGCAGCGCUAAAAAUACCUACCUCAAAUGUGGGAUAAAAGCGACAUUCACUUUAACCUGCAUGUCUCAGCCGCUUGUUACUGUCGAGUCCUGGCGGGACCGAGGACAGAUUCUGAUGCUGCAGCUCCUGUCCUGUAUUACUGCUGUGCAGUUGUCUUUGUAUUUUUUUUCUUUUCAAACAGUUCAGAUUUAUAUUGAUUUACUUAGGGUUUUUUUUAAGCAUGUUAAGUAUGUAUAUAUGUUAUCCAAAGCAUCUUCCACAGUAUUUUGCACAGCAUCCAAUGAGCAGUUAAGGCUUAUGAGCCCUGCAUUAGCUUUCUGGCAGGUCUGGAAUUUACAGAAACUUCAUGACUGAGUCAUCAGUAACCCAUCACAUGGGCAUUGAUGUUCGACACUUCUUUAGAAGUAAAUAGGAAGCAGUUUUCAUUUUAAUCAGAAACCUUUUUCCAGGUCUUUGACAUUUCAAGAGUAUUUAUCGUGU